AGCAUCGGUGGAAGGCCAGGAUACCUAGAGGAGGUGGCAGGCAUUGUCGGCAUAGCGUGUCUACCAGAGAGCGGCUGGAUGACUGGGAACGUUUUAGGAGCGAACGGUGGAGGCGCGUUCGUGCGAUAAGGUGUGAUGUACUCUGACAUCAAAACGAGAUUCAAGCCCGAAACAACUUUCACACCGCCUUCCUCUCUGACAUCCGAAAGUCCAUGUUUUUCUUAUGUCCGAAUGCAAGGGUGUUGGGAGCCUUGAGCUAAUGCCAUGUAAGGACUAGCCUUUACGCUAACAUGGAACGGCUAUUCCUAGAGUGGGGCAUACAAACAUUGACUGCUUCUCACCCUGCUAGAUACUUCUCUCUUGAACUGCGAUCAGCCUGAUUCGUGGCCGAUAAUGGGUUCUUACGAUUGUUAUUGUGCGCUCUGCUCCGGGCCUCUGGGGAAAGGCUGGGUCAAAUUUGGCAGUAAGAAGGAGAAAGCUUUGGCGAAAAGAAGACGGUGGGUUGAGCUGAAGAGGAGGAGGCUGGCGGGAGAAGACGUGGACGAGACUGUUUGUGAUGAAGAAGACGAGUUAGAAGAUGAUAUUCUUCACAACGACGAUCAAGUCCAACGUCAAGGCUCCUCCACAGCGGAAGGGGAUGGUGAUAGUGCAGGCGAGGAAAAUGUUCCUGAUACAAGACAUGAUCAUGAUGUAGCGAUGUCGUUGGACGUCAUGGAAGAAGAAGGUGGCGAUGCCGACGAUGAAACGUGCAGCGACGUCGCCGGAGAUAGUCCUAGCGAGAAUCACGAUUCUGAAGGUAGCGAGGAUGGUUGGGAAGACGAAGGCGAUAACAACGACGACGACGACGACGACGACGACGACGACGACGACGGCAAUGGUAGCGAAGAAAGUGCCAGCGAAGCAGGAUCUUUGGAUUGGUAUGAGGAGAAAGGCAGCUACGAUCCCACAAAACUGAGUCAUAAGGACGUAAGAUGGCUUGAGCGCGGACGUACUGUGGGAUUCAAUCCUGAGGCGCCGGGUGUGACUAAAUGCUUCGUCUCGGGAUUGGGUCAUUACGAAGAUCACGGCAGUUUCCGCAUUAAAACACCUGGCAAGGAACCGAACGAUCCACAGAUGGACGAAUAUACAUGCUAUGCGGCAUACGAGUCAGAUGAGCACCCGACAUAUCCCUUUCACGAGGCAUGUUUACAGGUGCUCAAAAAGGGUCUUGGGCUUCGGGAUGAAGACGACAUUGACCGAGACAUCUUAUACGCGGUUCUUUCACAGAACAGCCAAGACUAUGCCCGCGCACUAUCGCUUGACUACGGCCAGAUAGAGGGCCCUGAACAGUUUUGGGAGUCUAUUGCUGGAGAAGAAUACGUCGCUUGUGAUCCGGGAUACAAAGAAGGACUCAUUGACGUGAUCCAAAGUCUGAUUCCUAGCAAGCUCUUCAAGAAGGAUGUCGAGCCACUGAGCCUUGAGCGUAAGGUGCAAAAUGACCCGCUGGAAAUGCUGCCUUACGAUGUGCUCUACGAAAUAUGCACACACCUUUCCUUUACAGAUGCCCAGUCGUUCACGCAAAGCUCGUUGCAUGUCUACACCUCCACCCAGAAUGGUGCGUUUUGGAAGCAUAUGAUGCGGCUCCACAUCUAUCCAUGGUUUUGGGAGGCCUCUGACGUUAUGAAGAAUGAAGUGUUCUCGGAAGACUUGGACGACAAAAAUCUAUUUCUAUGGCUAGAGGCUGCGACGAGGCCCAGAUUUGGCGCUGAAGGUCCGUUGAUGGGCAUCAUCAAUCGCCGACGCAUUUGGAACGCCUGUCAACAACUAGUUCCACAGUACGCAGAAAAGAUGGAACCUCCAAAGCGAGCAGAGCCAGAAGAUGCGGAAGCACGAGAUAUUCUCGAUCGUGCCAUGUGCUUCCAUAUGCCUGCCGUCGCGUAUCCAAUUGGCAAACAAAUCCGCACUGUGUCGCUGCAGUUUAUUCGCUCUUGGAAUCAGACCUCUUCCGGAUCUUCAGUUCUGGACACAUAUUGGGGGCAGAAUGGCGCUUUGGUAGGCAUCUCCAUCACCUUGAACGGCGAUAGCCCAAGGGUUUUUGGAAGUACACAGGGAAACCUUGGCAACCCAAUGCACAUCCCUCGCGGUGAGUGGAUUCGAGAGAUUGUUGUCUCUGUAGACGAUGUGAAUAUGUUCAGUCGGAAGCAAGACCGCAGCCACUUUCGAACAGCUCUGGAUAACGUACCCUAUGGUACCGCCUGCAUCCGGUCAUUGGCAGUGACAUUAACGAACAACACUUCCAAGAAUGUGCAUCAACCCAGUGGACAGCCACUGAACAACCGCACUUUUGUCGUCCUACCGGGCCUACAUUUGGUUGGCUUGACAGGACAAAUUGCUGAAAGCGGAGAGAUUUGCCGUCUCGGACUGCUACAAGCUCCAUUGCCCGGCAUGUCAUCCGCAGUACGGUCCUACACUGAAGCUGAGCAACUCCUCUGGAACCAUUCUGCACGGACUCUGUACUGCCAUCGUGAAAAUUCCUGGAACGACAUCACGACGCAUCCGAGCCUCAACAUCCGGGCUCUCACCCUCCAAGGGUCUGCAGCGGAUCCGCUGCGCUCUUUCACUGGUGACAUCGGAAGUGAUAUGAUACCAUGGCACGUCGCUGUCUGGGCUAUGACCGUCGCACAAUACAAGUCACUCGAGCGAAUAUCGUGCUUUCAGCCUAUCGGUGGUACGGCUUCUAGUGGCACAAAGACAUGGACCGUUCCCGAUCUCGUGGGUCUUGGAGUGGGCCGCACAUCUGGAUCGCUGGAGUUACUGGCCGGCGCGGGCGGCCCCGUGCCAGUACAAAGCCCAAUCUGGCAGGAGAUGAAGAACCCCCGCACAGACCUUGUCUCAUGGAUUCAAAAUACCCCGUUCAAAGCAUUUGACGAGGACAGUACGGAGCAUUUCCUCAUCGAUGGACCCGGUGGGGAAAUUAUCACGGCGGUCCACGCAAGCAUUGACAUGAAAGCUGUCAAAUUGUUUACCAAUAGAGGCAGAAAUUGCUACUUUGGAGAGAAAGAUCGAGGGCAGUGGCUGGAGUAUCAAGCGGAAAGUGGUCAUAUGAUUGUAGGCUUAGUGUGUGCAUUCGGACGCCUUGGAGGAUGGAGCUGGAGUGCCAAGAUGCCAUCACACUGGAAGUUGAGUGGAUUGGGCGUGCUGACGGUAGCGGAGGACUACUUUCAGAAAGAUGACUAGAGGGAUUUUGCUCGUAUACUUUUACCUGCGUCGAAUUUG